AUGGACGAAGAGGCCAGGGCCGUCGCUGCGACCGAGCCUCCACCGCUUCCCUACUCGUUGCGCACGCGAAAGAAGUCUAUCGCCUUCUUCUGGACCAUAUUUGUCAUUGACACCCUGGGACAGCCGUUGAUCCUGUACUGGACCCUGUGGUAUCUGACCGAUCUCUCGCACAACCUGGUCUUCAGUAUCGUGACCGCGUGUCUGGGAGGAAUUUCCGUGUUCGAAUAUUUCUACCGACUCUACAACCUGUUCCGGAAGGAUUCGCGCGCCCGGCCGUUGAAUGCGAGGAAAUCAUGGCUGGACUUCUUCCAUAUCAACUUCACAAUCGUUUGGUUAAUUCUGGCGAUUGAAUUGAUUGUAGGAACUGUACCUGCCGAACCAUACGUGCGUCUCGUCGCCAUGGUCCUCCCGACAGUGAUGUUCUACUUCGGCAGCGUGUUCCUGACCCUCGACAUCCUGCGUGCGUGCGGUUACAAAGCCCCCUUCCGGAUAUCAUCAACCCCCAAGGGCUCGACGAUGCCCACGGCCCUAUACGUUCUGAUCGAAGAUGUGGUGGCAGUCGAUGGAGGUGGAGGUCAAAUAUACCGAUAUGCGCUCCGCACGCGGUACCUUUCCAGCCCGUUCUUCCGACGGAUGCUGUUCCAGAUGAACUGCUUCUGGGCCGGAGGGUCCAUCCUCGUGGCGGCCGCCAUUACCGCCAUUGUCUUCACCGUCUCGGAGCCAGUUGCGUUCACGCUGGGAUGGACAUUACCAUUUGCAUGGGCCGGACUCUGGACCAUCAUCACGAUACCAUGGGUCCAAAGCGACCUGCGUCGCGAAAAGGAAGCCUGGCAGGAUAACAGAGGCCAAGGCGGCAUUCCAUACACCGACGACGUCAAUGCGCCCAGUGCCCGAACCCGACUCGAGGCCUUCGAAGACCACCUACCGAGCUUUAUCCCGUGGUUCCGAGAAAAGCAAGCCCCGCCGUCCGAGCCGUCGAACUAG